AUGCACAUAGCCUCUGUGGGCAUCAGCAAAUUGUGUUUUUGCCUCUCCCUGGCUUUGAGUGGGCUCCUCCUCCUCCUCCUGCCCUGCCUGCGGACCCCUGCCCGGCCGCUGGUGCUGCCCCAGCCUAAAGCCCAGUUUAGGUCUGCCUCCAGUUGGACGUACAGGACACCCAGCCAGACUGCAGCAGAGCCCCCUCUGCGGAGAAAGGACUCAGGGGCCUCCUCGACGGCCCACCACAGACAUGAACCCCUGGAAAUGGAGGAUGUUUUUAUAGCGGUGAAGACCACAAGGAAGUACCAUAAAUCCAGACUAGAGCUUCUCAUUCAAACCUGGGUUUCUCAGGCCAAACGACAGACGUACAUCUUCACAGACGGAGAAGACCGAGACCUGCAGCUGAAGACAGGGAUUAAUCUGAUCAACACAAACUGCUCUGCGGCUCACACGCGACAAGCUCUUUGCUGCAAGAUGUCGGUGGAAUACGACAAGUUCAUCGAGUCACAGAAGAAGUGGUUCUGCCACGUGGACGAUGAUAACUACCUCCUGCUGCCGAGCCUCCUGCUGCUGCUCUCCUCCUACCACCACAGUCAGGACGUGUACCUGGGCAGACCCAGCCUGGACCACCCCAUCGAGGCCUCUGAGAGGGUCAAGAGCAACGGCCUGACGUCUGUGCAGUUCUGGUUCGCCACAGGAGGAGCAGGUUUCUGCAUCAGUCGUGGUCUGGCUCUGAAGAUGAGUCCGUGGGCCAGUUUAGGGAACUUCAUCAGCACCGCAGAGAAAAUCCGUCUUCCGGACGACUGCACGAUCGGGUACAUCAUCGAGGCUCUGUUGGAGGUGAAGCUGAGCCACACUCCUCUGUUUCACUCUCACCUGGAAAACCUGCGGAAGCUUCUCCCAGAGACCGUCCUGGACCAGGUGACCCUCAGCUACGGAGGCUUUGAGAACCGGAGAAAUGUGGUCAGUGUCGCUGGACGGUUUUCACUUAUAGAAGAUCCAACACGGUUCAAGACUGUGCACUGUCUGCUGUACCCGGACACAGACUGUGUCCAAAACCCUGACUGGUGUCCAAAACCCUGA